AUGAAUCACGUAGCAUUUCUCUUCUUCACUAUAUCCUUUUUUCUUCUUUCUUUUGAUGGCAAAGCACAGCAAAACUACUCUGGGAUUUCAAUAUUCAGCUGCAAGAAUGAUGAGAAAAUGGGGCCCUCAACCUCGUUCCUUUAUACCUGCAAUGGCCUCAACAAAUCCUGCAUGGCCUUCCUAAUCUUCAAAUCCAAACCUCCUUUAAACUCCAUACUCACAAUUUCCAACCUCACAUCAUCAAACCCAGAAGAGCUUGCAAGAAUCAAUGAUGUCACUGUGCUCACAGUGUUCCCAACGGGGAAAGAAGUGAUUGUACCUUUGAAAUGUUCUUGUUUAACUAGGGACUACUACCAAACUGAAACCAAAUAUGUAUUGGGACCAUCCCCAACAUAUUUCACAGUGGCAAAUGAUACUUUUCAGGGUUUGACCACCUGUGAUUCCCUUAAGCGUACUAAUCCAUAUGGGGAACUUGAUUUGCUUCCUGGCAUGGAGUUGCACGUGCCACUCAGAUGUGCUUGUCCAACAUUGCAUCAGGUCACAAACGGCACCAAGUAUUUACUGACAUACUCAGUGAACUGGGGUGAUAACAUUACAAAUAUUGCUACAAGGUUCAAUGUAGCAGCAGGUAAUGUGGUCGAUGCCAAUGGUUUUAACACACAAACACAAACUCUUUAUCCAUUCACAACUGUUCUGAUUCCAUUAUCAAGUGAACCUCUGACUUCAAUGACCACAGUUGUUAGUGAUCCACCAAAUAUGUCACAUCUUCCUGUUUGCAGCUCCAUAAAGUGCGAGUCAAAGAGGAAAUUCCAUGCUGCUAUUGCCGCCACAGGGGGUUCCAUUGUGGCUCUGUGCGCUGUUUUGUAUGGGGUUUUUCUGUUUAGAAAGAGCUCUGCAAGGUUCGUUAAGAGAGAUGAAGAAGGUGAGAAAGCAAAGAAAAUGUCCUCAGAAGAUAUCCGUGGUGAGAUAGCAAUCAUUGGGCAUCAUUCCAAAGUGUACAAGUUUGAGGAAAUAAUGGAGGCCACUGAAAAUUUUAGUUCAAAGAAUAGAAUUAAAGGUUGUGUGUUUCGUGGGGUAUUUGGUAAUGACAACAACAUAUUGGCUGUGAAAAAAAUGAGAGGAGAUGCAUCCAAGGAAGUGAAUCUGCUGGAAAGGAUCAAUCAUUUCAACCUGAUAAAGCUGCAAGGUUACUGUGAAAACGAUUCUUGUCCUUAUCUUGUUUAUGAGUACAUGGAAAAUGGCUCUUUGAGAGAAUGGCUAAGGGGAAACAGGUCUACCGAGCACCAGAUUUUGGCAAAGAGGAUUCUGAUUGCUCUGGAUAUUGCCAAUGGUCUUCAGUAUCUACACAACUUCACAGAACCGUGCUAUGUGCACAGGAACAUAAACAGUGAAAACAUUCUUCUAAACAAAGAUCUAAGAGCCAAGAUAGCAAAUUUUGCUCUUGCUGAAGAAUCAGAAAGGAAAAUAACUUCCAGUUAUGCCUUGUCACGUGUGGCGAGGAGUUACAUGGCUCCAGAGUAUCAGGAGGCAGGGAUGGUCACUACCAAAAUGGACGUUUAUGCCUUCGGAGUGGUGCUGUUGGAAUUAAUCACAGGUACGGAUUCUGUUACUCUACAAGACGGGAGAGAAGCAAUGCUUCAUGCAGUCAUAGUAAACCUCAUUGGUAAAGAGAAUGAAGGUGAGGUGAGUUUGUUCAUUGAUCCUAGCUUCACUUUAAACAAUGAGAAAGUGUGUGCUCUCCAGCUAGUCAAAUUAGGUCUAGCCUGCUUGAUUCAAGAACCAGAAGAAAGACCAACCAUGGUAGAGGUAGUCUCUAGCUUAUUGAAAAUCUAUACAAGUUAUAUGGACCAAAUAAUACAACUAAACAUCAGCAAGAGUCUUAAAAUGGAGAGGUGA